UGCCAUCGCCUUUUGCAUGCAUCCAUGGAAUCGUGCUAAUCUAACCUUCUUUUUUUGUGUCAGUAGCGUUGGCUCCCUUUAUUCCUUCUGAUCCACAUUUUUCGAGCCAUUUAAUCUGUGAUUAACAUGGGGCGCCGCUAACUGUGCUGUAGUACAUAUAUGGACAUUUUUGAUCGACAAACAAUUUCAACGCCAACAGGGAGGGUAGAUGGAGGAUCGAGCGAGAGGCGGAGGGUAAAGGCGAGAGCUUUUUUUUUGGGGAUCCGAGCGACUCGUUCUCCGCAAUUGUUCGUCUCUCCAUCGGAUCUUAGUGCAAAAAAACAAAAAAAAUUGAUUAUGAGCCAAUUUUUUUCCCUUGUCUUUCUUGAUUUGAUAAAAAAGACUGGUUUUUUCCUUUGAAAGCUUUCUUGAUUUUGUUUUCUGUUCCAUGGGAUAAUCCCUCUUUUGUUCUGGAAUCUCUCUCCUUGGCAUUGUACUAUUCCUCAUCGGAUCCGAGCUGGAAACGUGUAAUCUUGACACGACAGAUUUAAUUUCUACGCCAUUAACGGGAAUCAAUCGAGAAAUAUGAGCUUUUCGUGGUCCUUCAGGAGCCGCCUUUCGAUGGAGGAAUCUCUAUCCCUCCUAGUUCUGUAGGAGGAAAAGGGAGAGGCGAAAAAAGAUGGAUUUUUGCCACACCUUUCUUUCUCUUCGUUGAGACUCCAGAGGCAUCCGAGUGGCCGUCGCCUCCCGACGGAAGGCUUUGAUGAAGAUAUCUACAAAUCUUCCCUGAUUCAUGGCGAGAAGACAAAAGAGAGAAGCAAUUCCUUGUUUCGAUUUCUCUCUUGACAUCUGUUAGAUCUAAAAAAAAGCUUACCUUGCAGACUGUUCAAAUGCCAAUGAUUUCCUUCUCCCCCCUUUCUCGUCCAGUUAAUUGACCCCGCAACUUCUGGUCUGGAAGCCAGGAAAUGUCGUUUAAGAGCCUCGUCCGUGAGCUGAGGGAUGGGAUUGGGAGCAUGUCGAGAAGAGGAGGAGGAGCGAUGGAAGGGAUGAUGACCGCGCACAACCGAGGAUGUGCCCCGCAUCCGCAGGAGCUGGAAGAGCAGCAGCAGCAGGGGAGGUGGGCGAACCUGCCGCCGGAGCUGCUGCUGGAUGUGAUCCAGAGAGUGGAGGCGAGUGAGGUGGCGUGGCCGGAGAGGAGGCAUGUGCUAGCGUGCGCGGCGGUGUGCCGCUCGUGGCGGAACAUCACGAAGGAGGUGGUCAGGUCCCCCGAGCAAUGCGGCCAGAUCACCUUCCCUUUCUCCCUCAAGCAGCCCGGGCCACGAGAUCACCCGAUUCAGUGCUUUAUAAGGAGGGAGAGAGCGACGUCGACCUUCUGCUUGUACCUGGGUCUGACCCCCUCACUGCAGGGGCAGAGUGACAAGCUUUUGUUGGCAGCCCACAAGAUGAGACGUGCAACGAGCACCAACUUUGUGAUCUCAUUGAAUCCUGAUGAUUUCUCUCGAGCUAGCAGUACCUAUAUUGGAAAAGCGAGGUCAAACUUUCUGGCAACAAAGUUCACUGUUUAUGACAGCGAGCCUCCUUAUGAUGCUGCAGUUUCUUCAAGCAAUCGUUCAAAUCGAAGGAUUCAUUCUAGGCAAGUGUCCCCGAGAGUACCGGCUGGCAAUUACAACAUUGCUACCAUCUCCUAUGAGCUGAACAUCUUGCGAACCCGAGGGCCACGAAGAAUGCAGUGCAUGAUGCACUCGAUUCCCAUCUCCUCCGUCCAAGAAGGUGGGAGUGUCCCUGCACCCAGCGGUUUCAUUCACUCCGUCGAUCAACGGCUCUCCAGUUUACCAGUUGUGAAGGGCAAGGAGCCGGUGAUAGGUUUUUCUUCCACCAGUCUCAAUGAAUCAAAUGCACCUGUCCAGAUCAAUGGAGAACCUCUCAUUCUAAAGAAUAAAGCCCCUCGGUGGCAUGAGCAGCUUCAGUGCUGGUGCUUGAACUUUAGAGGACGAGUAACAGUGGCUUCUGUCAAGAACUUUCAGCUUGUGGCAGCUGCAGAUCCUUCCUGUCAUGUUUCUCCAGCAGAGCAAGAAAAAGUUAUUCUUCAGUUUGGUAAAAUAGGAAAGGAUAUUUUCACUAUGGAUUAUCAAUAUCCACUCUCUGCAUUUCAGGCAUUUGCAAUUUGCUUGACGAGUUUUGACACUAAGCCAGCAUGUGAAUGAACCAGUGAAGUGACUUCGGUGGCAGACUUCUGUCAAGUUCGAGAUCUUGGAGGAGGAGGUGGUUGUCUUUACUAAAUGUUACUCAUCUCACACAAUGCUUGUAAGAUGUUUUAUGCUUUCCCAUAUCAACCACCUUGUCUUGUGACUAAUUCUGUCCUCUUUUGGCUGAUCAAGGAAGUUGAUUCAUAAAUUUUAUA